CACAACGUAACGCUGAAUGGCUACAAAGAGCUGACUACAGAAAGAAGACGCACAUAGAGACAUAACAGAUAUUUGUGGCUUGGAUGAGUGGAGCUGUGAAACCAUGAUGAAUGGGUCCUACUCUAUGGAGGUAACACCAGAGCGGACAGAGAGCAGGUCUAAGGAAUCUUUUAAGUUUGUGUCGGAGAAGAGUGUGGUGAAGAGGUCUGGACCAGGACCCUCUGACCAACCGCAGCCCUCCUGCUGCCUGAGUGUUAGCCACGUCUCCUACAGCGUCAGUGAGCGUGUGGGGCAUUGGUGGGACCUCGCCGCCUUCAAAAAGAAACGGACCAGACAGAUUCUCAAUGGCGUCUCCUUCCAUGUGAACAGUGGGCAGAUCAUGGGCAUACUGGGGAACUCAGGCUCAGGGAAGACCACUCUCCUGGAUGCUAUCUCUGGGAGGAUUGGGAACUCAGGCACUCUUCUGGGAGAUGUGUCUGUCAAUGGGAGGAAGCUAAAAAGAGAGCAGUAUCAGGAUUGUUUCUCCUAUGUGCUACAGAGUGACAACCUGCUGAGUUACCUGACAGUGGAGGAGACUCUGACAUACACAGCCCAGUUGGCCCUGAGACGACACUCAGCAGACGUCAUCCACAAGAAGGUGUCGGCGGUGAUGGCGGAGCUGAGUCUAGGUCACGUGGCCCACAGUGUGAUCGGUGGACGCGUCUUCCCAGGAAUCUCUGGGGGAGAGAGGAGGAGGGUGUCCAUUGCCAUGCAGUUGCUUCAGGACCCUAAGGUCAUCCUUCUGGACGAGCCAACCACGGGCCUUGACAGCAUGACGGCCAAUCAGAUUGUUGUUUUACUGGCUGAGCUGGCCAGAAGGGACCGCAUUGUCAUAGUGACCAUCCACCAGCCACGCUCUGAACUCUUCACGGUCUUCAGUAGAAUAGCCAUAAUGAGUAAAGGAGAGCUGGUGUUCUGUGGCCAGCCUGGAGAGAUGGUGAACUUUUUCAGCACAUGUGGCUACAAGUGUCCAGAAUACUGCAACCCCUUUGAUUUCUAUGUGGAUCUGACGUCAGUGGACACACGCUGCAGUGAGAGAGAGGCCACCACCUACAGCCGCAUGCACGAGAUCACCUCGUACUAUCAGGACUCAGAGAUCUACCAGAGCAUGCUGAGACAGAUUGAGCAGAGCUGCCAGCGAACAGACAAAACCAGCAUCCCCUUCAAGCACAAAGAGUCACCCAGCGGCCUGGCCAAACUGGGUGUGCUUCUCAGGAGGACUGUGAGGAACCUGUCUCGAGACAGGAUGGGUGUCCUGAUGCGUCUGUCCCAGAACCUCAUCUAUGGCCUGUUUGUGGCCUUCUUUGUCAUGAAGCUGGACGAUGACAUCACCAAGGGAGCGGUACAGGACCGGAUUGGCAUUAUCUACCAAGCUAUGGGGGCGUCGCCUUACACUGGCAUGCUGAACGCUGUAGCUCUGUUUCCUGCUCUGAGGGCCAUGGCUGACCAGGAGAGUAAGGAUGGCCUGUACCAAAAGUGGCAAAUGUUCUUGGCCUACAUCUUCCACAUCCUCCCCUUCAGCAUCAUCAGCGUGCUCAUCUUCUCCUCCUUCCUGUACUGGACAUUGGGGAUGAACCCAGAGAUGUGGAGGUUCCUGUGUUUCUCGGCUGUGAUCCUGGUGCCCCAUGUGGUGGGUGAGCUGCUGACCCUGGUGCUGAUGGGAGUGGUGCAGGACCCCAACAUGGUCAACACGGGAGUGGCCCUGCUCAACGUAGCUGGCAUCAUGGUGGGCUCCGGAUUCCUCAGGAGUAACCAGCAGAUGCCUGUGGUAUUCCAGUGGCUCAGCUACCUAACCUUCCAGAAGUACGGAUGUGAGCUGCUCAUUGUCACGGAGUUCCAUGGCCUCAACUUCACUUGCAGUACAGGCAGUAUACCUCUUCCAGGCGCCUGUUUGAUGACAGAUGGAGAUGACAUCAUAGACCAGGGUUACCCAGGAGCCCUGGACCGCUACACCCUGGACUUCCUCCUGCUCUACUCCUUCCUGCCUGCCCUGGUGCUGCUGGGAGUCAUCAGCUACAAGAUCAGAGACCGCCUCGUCCAACACUGAAACAGACACUGACACCAACAUGGAGACAGAAAGGGGUGUGGGAUUGCUGGAGUUUGGUCUAGUGGUACUAUAAACACCACAUACACUCAGUGGCCAGUUUAUUAGGUACAUCACCCCGUUCACGAAAAUGGUUUGCUCUUACAGAAAGUGA